AUGACGUACUUAACAGAAAACCCAGAAAAGUUUAAACAAUACCAAGUCAAGGUUGAUGCCUAUAACAACGAAAGAGAGGAUCAGAUCAAGGCGUUUGAUGCUGACUUUGCGGCUAAAUGUGAGGAAUUAAUUCCAGCUGCAGAAGUUUUGGAUUCAGAACCACUCGAAGGUUUACAAUUUCUAGGCCAACUUCUAAACAAACAGGAACAACAGAUAGUUAACGAUUAUACCAUUAAAGAUUUGGUUGAGAAACAAGUAUCUGGUGAAUUGACUGCCGUUGAAAUUACUAGAGCUUAUAUUAAAGCUGCGAUUGUUGCCAACUACGUGACAAAUUUUGCCUUGCAAUUCUUGAUUCCAGAAGCUUUGCAACAGGCAGAGGCUUUGGAUCAGUAUUUGAAAGAGAAUGGUUCACCAGUGGGUCCAUUGCAUGGUGUGCCAGUGUCGAUUAAGGAACAGAUGUGCUAUAAGGGUAAAGUAACAAAUGCCUCUUACGUUUCUUACGUAGAUUUUGUGCCUGAACAGUCUGCAGUCAGUGUGGAUAUCUUAAUUAAACUUGGUGCUGUGUGCCAUGUUAGAACUUCGCAACCUCAAACCAUUAUGCAUCUAGACACUUGGAACAAUUACAUUGGCAGAACAAGAAACCCUCGUUCCACGAAAUUGUCCCCAGGUGGUUCCUCCGGUGGCGAAUCAGCCUGUGUCGGUAUGCAUGGUUCUGUCAUUGGCCAUGGGUCCGAUAUUGGUGGUUCCAUUAGAGCACCAGCUGCAUUCGCCAAUUUGUUCGGUCUUAGACCAACGACUAAACGUGUAUCAUUGCUCAAUGGUAUCAGUGGAGGGAAAGGCCAAGAAUCUGUCGUUGCUGUUCAAGGCCCCUUGGCAAGAUCUAUCGAUGAAUUGGAUUAUUACAUGAAAUCAUAUUUGAAUGAGGGUAAACCUUGGGAAACUGAUCCAUCACUGGUCCCAAUCCCAUGGAGGAAAUCCUCUUUACCAGAUGUCAUCAAUAUCGGUAUAUUACCAUCCGAUGGCCUUGUGACUCCAUACCCAUCUAUUACCAGAGGUGUCAAACAUGUUGCCGAUGUAUUAUCCAAGGAUCCAAGAUUCAAUGUGAUAGAUCUAUCUGAACAAUGGUUCUCUGAAGAAGAAAUGAAGGAAUUGUAUGAUACUACUUUGUCUUUAUAUACAUGUGAUGGUAACAAGGUCCAAUUGUCUAUGCUAGAACCAAGCGGUGAGCCAAUCUUACCAUUGACUAGACAUUUCUUGGAGUUUGGUGGUGGUAAGGAACACUCCAUUUACUCCAACAGAAUGAUGAAUGCCAAGAGAGAUGCGGCAAAAUUAGAUAUAAUGAACAAAUACUUCAAAGGUAUGAAACUUGAUUUGAUCUUAACUCCGACCAAUGUGGCACCAGCUGAAAUUCCAGGCGAAUCCUUCUACUGGGGCUACACUUCAUUGUGGAACCUUGUCGAUUAUCCAAACGUUACAUUCCCAACUGGCUUGAAACAUGACGUUGAAUUGGAUUCUAAGGUUUCUGAACCUCUGAAAUCUAACGAAUACGAGAAGAAAGUAUGGUUCAACGACGAUGGUUCUGUUAGAUAUAAUAGCAAGGAGUACGAAAACGCACCAAUUGCACUCCAAUUAACUGGUAAGCGUUUCUGUGAUGAGGAUGUUGUUGCUGCCACAAAAAUCAUCACUGAAUUGUUGAAUGUAGAUAGAACAUAG